AUGCAAUCUCGUUCAUAAAGAAGAAGAAGAAUAUUGAAAUAAUGCAUUCAAAAAAAGAGUAAAAUAGAAGACAAUGCACAUGUAACUCAGGAAAUAGAUUCUGAUUACGAGGAUGUAAGUGAAAUGGAGGAAGAUGAGCAUAUUCAAUAUGAAGAUGAAUUUGAUGAUGAAUAUGGUAAGUUAUCAAAGUAAUUUAGUUAGAGAGUGAAGAGGGCGAAAUCAAUAUUGAUAGUGAAGAUGAAGAGAUAUUGUAAAAGGAAGAAUAAUCCCAAGAACAAUCAUAAUAAACACAAUAAUAAUAAUAGUAACCCUUACAGUAAUAAUCAAAACUCGUAAGAAAGAAGAAGGGUAUGGAAUAGGAGAGUCAGGAGAAUCAAAAGAGAGUGUGGUUCUAUGAUGAAGCUGAAAAUUUAGAUUUUGAUAAUAGGGCUUAUAAUAUGUUACAUAGAGUCACAACUGAAUGGCCUUGCUUGUCUUGCGACUUUGUGUUAACAGAGGAAGAACAAUAACAAUACAGAAAUAAGGAAUACCAUAAGAUGAACAAGUAUCCAUACACUGUGUAUUUGGCAGCUGGAACUCAAGCAGCAUAACCAACCAAAAAUUAAAUUUACUUAUUAAAAUUGUCAAAAAUGCACAAAACUAAAUACGAUGAUGAUGAAGCCUCGUUAUCAGAAGAUGAUAGUGAAGAUGACAAUCUUAGUAAUGAUGAAGAAGGAUAAGUACAUUUGAGUAGUGUUACAGGACUGAAAUGUGGAGUCAAUAGAAUUAAAACUAUGAAUGGAUAAGCUAUUGCAGCCUAUUGGAAUGAAAAUGGAGAUGUAAGCAUCUUAGAUUUGAAUCCAUUAUAUAAAAAGCUUUUAACAAAUUAAUAAUCGUAAUUUAAUUUGUCACAAUUACACCACAAAGUAUUCAAAAACUAACAUGAAGGAUUUGCAUUGGAUUGGAGUCGUUUGAAAUUGGGUGAUUUAAUCAGUGGUUCAUCAGAUGGAAAGAUUUACUUGUAUCAAUUAAACAAUAAUGAUUGGAUUAGAGAAAAUAAAGCUUAUGAAUAUCAUAAGGGAAGUGUUGAAGAUUUAUAAUUCUCCCCAAUCGAGAGUUUUGUCUUUGCUUCCUGUUCUACUGAUGGAUCUCUAUGUAUUGUUGAUACAAGAGAAGGAAAGCACAAGCAAGCUCAGAUCUUGGUUAAGGCUCAUAAUUGUGAUGUUAAUGUCAUCUCAUGGAAUUAAGUCUCAGCUACUCUUGUGGCUACAGGAGCUGAUGAUGGGUGCUUUAAAAUUUGGGACUUGAAAUAUCCUAAAAAUGAUGCCAUUUCUGAAAUUCAAUUCCACAACAAAGCCAUUACCUCCAUCUAAUUUUAACCUAACAGCGAUUCUAGCAUUGCUGUAUCAUCAGAAGAUCACAAACUGUCUAUUUGGGACUUUGCUGUUGAAAAUGAGAAUAACAAUAUUGAUGAUAUUCCAGAUUAAUUAAUGUUUGUGCAUCAAGGAUAGAAGGAUCUCAAAGAAUUGAAAUAUCAUCCAAUUUAUUAUGAAAUGAUUGUGAGUACUUCUGCAAAUGGAUUCAACGUAUUUAAACCAACAUUAGAUGAAGAGGAGAAGAAAUCAGAGCAAUCUGAAGAAGAUUAAGCUUAAAUUCCUGUUAUAAAAGAGGAAGACCUAAAUAAAUAUUUUUAAUAAAUGUCAAUCCAAUGA